UGGGGCAAGAACUGGUAUUCUUCCAGCGAAUCCCUCUGGUACGACCGUUGGCUCCAAGUUCUCGACGUCCUCCCCGAUGCCAUCGAGAUCAUCACCUGGAACGAUUUCAGCGAGUCGAGCUAUAUUGCGGAUAUUGUUCCUUCGCAGAUUGUUCGUGGUGCAGAGGUUUAUGUCGAUGGAUAUGAGCACUCUGCUCUGCGCUCUCUGCUGCCUUAUUUCAUUCAGGCUUACAAGGCUGGAUCUCCUGACGUGCCUCUUCCCAAUGGAGAGACGGCUGUUGCUUGGUAUAGAACCACAUCCGCUACCCUUGGUUCCGAUGGAGGCACCGUCUGGGGCCAAGACGGUACCGAGAGCGCAAGCGUCGGCGCCAAAGACGUCGUCAGCGUCGUAGCC